UGUCAAAAAACAGAUAAAUAUUAGGCGUGGUACGGGAAGAGCCGAUUUUUACUAAAAUUAUAAUAAUGUCGGCGACUUUGAAGCCCUAUUUGACUGCUGUGCGCCACACUCUCACAGCUGCGAUGUGUUUAGAACACUUCUCAUCGCAAGUGGUAGAGAGAUAUAACAAGCCGGAGGUCGAGGUUAGAACAAGCAAAGAACUCUUACUAAAUCCUGUUGUUAUCUCCCGAAACGCUAACGAAAAGGUUUUAAUUGAAUCAUCUAUUAACUCAAUAAGAGUAAGUAUUAUGAUAAAACAAGCCGAUGAAAUCGAAAAGAUUUUGUGUAAAAAGUUCAUGCGAUUCAUGAUGAUGCGAGCUGAAAACUUUAUCGUACUGAGAAGGAAGCCAGUCGACGGCUACCAUAUCAGUUUCCUGAUUACUAAUUUCCACACAGAACAGAUGUAUAAGCACAAACUUGUGGACUUUGUAAUAUACUUCAUGGAAGAGAUUGAUAAAGAGAUUAGUGAAAUGAAGCUGGCAGUGAAUGCCCGCGCCAGAAUUUGCUCAGAAGAAUUCUUGAAGAGAUUUUAAGACUAGUCUUCAUUCACCUACAGUGCACCAUGUAUGAUAAAACAAGUGUAUAAAGUAUAGCUCUAUAAAUUCUUCAAUUAGAACCUAAGAUAAAUGUUGAAGUGUAACUUUAAUUGCAUUUUCACUAGAUUGUAUCAUUUUCGUAAUCCUAUGUUAAUAUUUUCAUAAAAUUACAUGACUUAAUUUUAAAGAUGCCUUAACAUUAUUUAAGACCUCUCUUCUUAGUUGAUAUUUUCACUGUAUUAUUAUAAUAAUAGAAGUAAAUAAGUACUCCUCAUCACAUCCUCAAAAUGAAAUAGAUAACAUUUUUGAGACAUAAAAUGCUUUUAGCUACAAAACAUCCAACAUUUUAAUUUUAUGCUACAGAUAGCUAGAAAGAUUGCUUACUAAUGAUGGGAAAUUAUAUUCUUAAGACUCAAAAGUUGGUGCCAAAAAUAUGGUUUAUCAACAUAAUUAUUUGCUAGCCUUGUUAUCAUUUUCAUUUAUGAACACUGCCAGAAAUUUAUUAGAUUUCUUUGUAUAACUACUUUUAUCAUUAUGACAAUGUCAAUAAAAUCAUUUGAUUAAAAUAGCUGCAUGAAAAAUUACAUU